AUGAUUGUUUUACGUCGAUUACCACCUACAUUGACUGCUGAACAAUUUAUGGAAACUGUUUCACCGUUACCCGAACACGAUUAUUUUCGAUUUUAUAAAGCGGAUAAUAGUCUAGGGCAAUUUGCAUUUUCUCGAGCUUAUAUUAAUAUACCAAAUAGAAAGGAUUUACUCAUAUUUACAGAAAAAUUUGAAGGAUACGUAUUUAUAGAUGGAAAAGGUAAUGAAUAUUAUUGUUCUGUUGAAUAUGCACCGAGUCAACGAAAACCAAAAACGGUCAAAGAACGAAAAGAUCCAAAAUUAAAUACAAUCGAGCAAGAUCCUGACUAUCAAGCAUUUUUGAAAAAUUUAAAUGAACCAGAACAUGAAUCAUUGCCAAAUGCCGAAACAAUGUUAGAUGAAAUUGAAAAAAAACAAAAAGAACUACAUGCUAAUCAUGGUUUAUCAAAAACGACUACACCACUACUGGAAUUUUUAAAGCGAAAAAGAGAAGAAAAAAAACUUGCACGAGAUAGAGAAAAAGAUAUUCGUCGUCAACGUGAUGACCAACGUCGUAGUUUAAAACAAGCACGAGCAGAUACUGAACAACAACAGAAAUAUGAUCGAACAAGUGCAAAACAAAUAAGAAAACCGGAGGAAUUAAUGCAAUUAUCUCGUAACAAUUUAGGUGGUGAGCGAGACGAUGAUUAUAAUCAAAAGUCACGAUAUAGUGAUAAAUCUAAUCGUCAACAAUCGUAUGAAAAACGUGGAUAUGAAAAAUCUGAUUCGUACUAUUCACAGCAACAGACAAAUCGUUCAAAUGAAUCAUCUCAAAAGAAAUCGGAUUCAAAUGAGUUAACAAAAUCAAAACAAUCGUCAGCGUCCAGAGAUGAUAGUUCAAAAAGUCAAAUGAAUACAACAGAACAACAACAAUCGUAUAGACAACGAUUAAAACAAGAUUAUUCAUAUCAACAACAACAAUCAUACGAUCAAAGAGGUGGAUACAGAAAUCAAAAUUAUUCAAAAGGAACAUACAAACAACAGCAACAACAACAACAACAACAAUAUCCAUCUAAACGAGCAUCAAAUGAUCAACAAGCAUCUGUGAAAACAACAAAAUCAACUAGCAAUGAAAAAAAUAUUCCGGUAACAAAAGAACAAAAUGAUGAUAUUGACGUCGAAAAAACGACAGUAGAAAAAGAACAGGAAGUUACAACGAAAGAUGUAGAUUCAGUUGAACCUGUUGGUACUUCCGUUUCUUCUUCUUCGAUGAUUGAUGAUCCUGUUAUGGAAACUAAACAGGAAGAUGAAGAAGAAAAUGAAACAAUGUUAACUCGUCGGGCAUCGGAAUCCGAUAAAUCACGAUCGACACCGGAUGAACAACAAAGUGUCAGUGGAGAUGAAGGAGGGGAUUUAAAUCAAAAUGAUGAACAACGACAAACGAUUUCCAGAGAUGAACAAAAGGGUUCAAAAACGAUUUUAGCUGAUAAGAAAAUUAGAGUUCGUCCAUCAAUGCAAAUCUAUAAUCCAGCAGAACGAAUAAAGAUGCGUCGACAACAACAGACGGACAAAAAAGAUCAAGAACCAUCAUCACCAUGA